AUGCAGUCGGUUCUCAUGCGUGCCAGAGCUCCCUCCGUUGCGCGGUGGCAGUCGCUCACCUCGCGCGUGUCUCCAAGCUCGCGGACCUUGGGCACGUACGCAACUUUCAAGAUUCCGCAGAUUAACAACGAACCAAACAAACACUAUGUGCCUGGCUCACCGGACCGCAAGGGAUUGGAAGAUGCGCUCGCCGCCACCAAGAAGAAUGCCCCGCACACCGUGCCUCUCGUGGUUGCAGGGAAGGAGAUUAAGAGCUCUCAGACCUUGACACAGACCAAUCCUGCCACCCAUGCUCCGCUCGCGACCUACUCUAAUGCUUCCAAAGCUGAUGUCCAGUCCGCCAUUGACGCGGCUCUGGCUGCUCGCAAGUCCUGGGCGCAAACUCCCUUUGCAGAACGCGCCAGCAUCUUCCUGAAGGCUGCUGAUUUGAUUGCGACCAAGUACCGUUAUGAAAUCAUGGCUCUGACUAUGCACGGCCAAGGCAAGAAUGCCUGGCAGGCCGAGAUUGACUCGGCUGCUGAGCUGGUCGAUUUCUUCCGAUUUGGCGUCAAGUACGCCGAGGAGCUGUAUGCGCAGCAGCCUGUGCACCAUGCGCCGGGAGUCUGGAACCGUCUUGAGUAUCGUCCCCUGGAAGGCUUUGUCUAUGCGGUCAGCCCGUUCAACUUCACUGCUAUCGGUGGAAACCUGGCUGGCGCGCCCGCGUUGAUGGGCAACGUUGUGGUGUGGAAGCCCUCGCCGUCCGCUAUUGCCUCCAACUGGCUGGUCCACCAGAUCCUGCUUGAAGCUGGGCUUCCCAAGGAUGUCAUCCAGUUCGUGCCUGGAGAGGCCGAAGAAGUGACCAGCACUGUCCUUAACCACCGUGAUUUUGCUGCCCUCCACUUCACGGGCAGCACGGAUGUCUUCCGAAUGCUGUAUGGCAAGAUUUCUCAGGGUGUGGCGGAUGGCAAAUACCGCUCCUACCCUCGAAUCGUCGGCGAGACUGGUGGCAAGAACUUCCAUCUGGUCCACAAGUCGGCAGACGUCCGCAACGCGGUGGUCCAGACCGUGCGUGGUGCCUUUGAAUUCCAGGGCCAGAAGUGCAGCGCCACUUCCCGCGUAUACAUUGCCUCUUCUAUCGCAGACUCGUUCACGAAGCAGUUGGUCGAAGAGGUGCAGAAGCUGAACGUUGGAGAGCCGUCUGAGUUCACGAACUUCUGUGGCCCUGUCAUCCACGAGGCCUCGUUCAACAAGCUUUCCGGUGUCAUCGAGGAGGCGAAGAAGGACCCUGAGCUCGAGCUGCUGGCUGGCGGCACCUAUGACUCCUCGAAGGGUUGGUACAUCCAGCCCACCGUCUACCGCACCUCGAACCCAGACCACCCCCUUCUUUCGCGGGAGCUGUUUGGACCCGUCCUGGUGAUUCAUUCGUACAAGGAUGCCACCGUGACGGACUUCACCAAGAUCUGCGAGAAGAUCGACAGCAGCAGCAUCUACGGCCUGACGGGAUCCGUGUUCGCGCAGGACCGCGGGGCCAUCCAGGUUGCUGACGACGCUCUGCGCAACUCGGCCGGAAACUUCUACAUUAACUGCAAGAGCACUGGUGCUGUUGUCGGCCAGCAGCCAUUCGGUGGUGCUCGUGCCAGCGGCACGAACGACAAGGCUGGCAGUGCCAACUUGCUGUCGCGCUUUGUGAGCUUGCGCUCUGUCAAGGAGGAGUUCUGCCCUACCUACACCGUUGCCUAUCCCAGCAACGCUAACUAG